CCACAUUCAAAACUCAAGGCCAUAGACAAAGAGGGAGAAGACAUACUCCGCUACCAGCUUUACCAGCACAAAAGAUUACAACUGCAACAACUUCCACUGUAACCUAUCAGUGUUAUUUUAGCCUUGGAAAGAGCCUCCUAAAAGCCUUUGGAAAAAUGAGUCGAAUCUUCAUUGUGAUUUUUGCCACCUUCCUUGCCAUCACCACCAUGUCAGAGGGCAUGAGUUUGAGAGGCCUUGGCGUGGAGCCUCGAUGCCGUUGCAUCGAGACAGAGAGCCGACGAAUUGGAAAACUGAUCGAGAGCGUGGAGCUCUUUCCUCCCACCCCCCACUGUGAGGACACAGAAAUUAUUGCAACACUAAAAGGCACUGCUCAGGAGAUCUGCUUGGACACCAAGGCUCCUUGGGUUAAGAAAGUCAUUGAAAAGAUCCUUUCCAACAGAAAACCAUGAAACAAGGACCAGCGUUUUGACAAUGACAACCUUUUCCAGCCAAGGCUGCUGAAUCAUGUCCAUAUCCAGCAGCACCACUUCAGCACCUCAUAUGGAUCCAGCUUUCAGCUACUGAAAUUUUUGGAUGCAAUGCAAUCUAUUUAUAUUAUUUAUUUAUUAACUUAUACUGCUUUUAUUUAUUGUUUAAGAUAAAAACAAUCCUGUGUUUUAGCAGGCUUUGGAUCA